AUGCUGAGUUCAGAUCUGCUGCUCAGGCACUACGACCCUACGCUGCCGAUCGUUGUUGCUGCAGAUGCCUUCAACCAUGGAGUUGGUGCCGUCAUUUCACAUACCUUUCCUGACGGCUCAAAAAAGGCGAUCAUGCAUGCCUCCCGCACGUUAACUUCUGCAGAGAAGAACUGCGGGCAGAUAGAGAAAGAGGCUCUGGCCCUCGUGUUUGCUGUCAAGAAGUUCCACAGACUCCUGUACGGUCGUCACUUCACGUUGUUGACGGAUAACAAACCAUUGCUGUCAAUCUUCGGUUCGAAGAAGGGCAUUCCGGUCUAUUUACCUAGUCGACUUCGGCGAUGCGCAACCAUCCUUCUUGGAUACGAUUUCGACAUUCGUUACUGCUGCACUACAGACUUUGGUCAGGUUGAGUCCCCUUCACGCCUCAUCCGAAAUCAUCGGGAACCCGAAGAAGACACCGUGAUCGUCGCUAUUUCGAUUGAGGACGAUGUGCGCCGUCAGCUAUCAGACGCCAUACGAGGUAUCCCGGUCACUGCCGCGGACAUCCGAUGUGCUACCGAACAGGAUCCUAUCCUCAGUCAGGCCAUCACUUACGUGCAGACCUGCUGGCCACUCACUGCUCUCGCUGGCGAUAUUCAUUAA